UCCCGCGGAGCUCUGUGGAAUGGCGUCAUCAUUAGUCGCUGCUGCGGAGGCGGCAGUGUGUGUCUGCUGAGUAGCUGCGGUGUAAACUGCGAGUAAAAAACGCUGCUAUUAUUAUCAGAUAGCGUAGCGGGGCCUCGCUGGAUACGGUGAGUGAUCGGCUGAAGCUGAAGGGGGUUAGGGUUUCUUGGUUGCUAUGUCGUCGCCGGGGAGUACUGGCGUUGCCGCGGUAGCAGUGAGAGGGGGUGGAGCUAAGAAAUUGAAGUGGAGUCUUGAACUAGGCCUUGGCAACCCACGUCGAGGUGAUAGACAAGGUAACCAGGGGGACAGUCUUUAUCCAGUCGGCUACUCGGACAAGCCCGUCCCAGACACCAGUGUGCACGAGACUGAUCGUAAUCUGGUGGAGAAGCGCUGCUGGGAUGUAGCUCUGGCUCCUCUCAAGCAGAUCCCUAUGAACCUCUUCAUCAUGUACAUGGCUGGGAACACCAUCUCAAUCUUCCCCAUCAUGAUGGUGUGUAUGAUGGCCUGGAGACCCAUUCAGGCUCUCAUGUCCGUGUCUGCCACCUUCAAGCUGCUGGACAGUUCCAGUCAGCAGUGGCUGCAGGGUCUGGUCUAUCUGAUUGGCAACCUUCUCGGCCUGGCAUUGGCCAUCUACAAGUGUCAAUCCAUGGGCCUGCUUCCCACCCACUCAUCUGAUUGGCUGGCUUUUAUAGAGCCCCCUGAGAAAAUGGAAUACCUGGGUGGUGGAAUGGUUCUAUAAUCCUGUUGAAAUCUCUUGUGAAGUACAGAAGACUUUUUAAAAUACUUGACAGACUUUGACACUUUCCCCUCCAAAAAUACAUAAUCCAUGUGAUGAAACGCAGGGAAAAAGCUUGCUAUGGUGUUUAAGAUCUAUCUAUCCACACGAGGGACGCUCUGUGAUCGUCUGUUUUGUUUGUUUUCUUCCAUUAAAGUUGUUGCUAACACUGGAA